GUUAGUUAAGGUGUUGCUUUUUCUAAACCCCAAACACACACACACACCAGGCAGAUUGUAUCUUGUAGCUCACAGUCAGUGUGAGUUGGACAAAUGUGCUCUAUGAUUCCCAGUCUCAUGCGUCUGAACUGUAGUGACCACUGUUUGGUGUGUGCAGAGGUGUGUGCCUAUUUGUGUGAGUGUGUGUGUGUGUUGGGGGGUAGUUAAUGAUUAUUUCCCCCCGUCUCUUCUCUUCCCACCCCCAGUUCUUCUCGUUUCCUAUAUGGAUUGACGGAGUCCGCGUCAGAGCGCACGGAGUGGACCCGCCUCCUGGCUGUGGAGCGCUCGGUGCGUUUCUCUUCCCCCUCUGUCCGCUUCAGACCCAUAUUCCACUGGGAGAGAGAGAGGAGAGAGAGCGAGGGAGUGAGUGAGAGUGUGUGUGUGAGAGAGUGAGAGAGAGAGACAGCAGGACCUGGGAGAAGAGCACCGAAAGAAAAAGAGGAGAGGGGAAAAAACGCAGCACCGACACAAAUGGCACUCAUGGCAGGGAUUUUGUUCACGGCCACUUUUCUUAUUUCUGGGAUUUCUACAUCUCUUUCUUCGUCACGGAUAUAUCCCCCAAAUGAAGUCACGUUAUUGGACUCCAGAGCUGUACAGGGGGAGCUGGGAUGGGUCUCCAACCCGACAGAAGGAGGGUGGGAGGAAGUGAGUAUUAUGGAUGAAAAGAACAUCCCCAUUCGGACGUACCAGGUGUGCAAUGUCAUGGAACCCAAUCAAAACAACUGGCUCCGCACUGACUGGAUCCCCAGAGGAGGUGCCCAGCGAGUCUACAUUGAGAUUAAGUUCACUCUCCGAGACUGCAAUAGUCUCCCGGGUGUCAUGGGAACCUGCAAGGAAACCUUCAACCUUUACUACUACGAGUCCAACAACGACAAAGAGCGCUACAUCCGAGAGAACCAGUUCGGCAAGAUCGAUACCAUCGCCGCAGAUGAGAGCUUCACUCAGGUGGACAUUGGCGAUCGUAUCAUGAAGUUGAACACAGAAGUCCGGGAUGUGGGAGCCCUGACCCGCAAGGGUUUCUAUUUGGCUUUCCAGGAUGUUGGGGCGUGCAUUGCACUUGUUUCUGUCAGGGUCUUCUAUAAGAAAUGUCCUUUAGCCGUGCGUAAUUUGGCCCAGUUUCCAGAUACUAUCACUGGAGCUGAUACUUCUUCGCUUGUGGAAGUUCGUGGUUCAUGCGUGGAUAACUCAGAGGAGAAGGAGGUGCCCAAGAUGUACUGCGGGGCAGACGGCGAGUGGUUGGUGCCCAUUGGGAACUGUCUGUGCAACCCUGGAUACGAGGAGCGCAAUUCAGAAUGUCAAGCUUGUAAGAUUGGUUACUACCGUGCUCUGGCCACCGAUGGCGCCUGUUCCAAGUGUCCUCUUCACAGUUACUCUGUCAGAGAAGGCUCCACCUCCUGUGCCUGCGACAAGGGAUACUUCCGCUCCGAAACGGACCCGGCAUCCAUGCCCUGCACCCGCCCUCCGUCGGCGCCUGUGCAUCUCAUCUCCAAUGUGAACGAAACCUCCGUAAACCUGGAGUGGAGCCCACCCCGGAGCUCUGGGGGUCGCCAGGACUUGACAUACAACGUAGUGUGUAAGCGCUGCGGUUCUGACGGCCGGCGCUGUCAACCCUGCGGAAAUGGAAUCCACUUCAGCCCACAGCAGCUGAGCCUGAAGGGAACCAGGGUGUCCAUCAACGAGCUACAGGCCCACACCAACUACACCUUUGAGGUGUGGGCGGUGAAUGGAGUCUCACCUCAGAGCCCAGGGCCUGAGCAGGCCACGUCAGUGACCGUCACCACCAACCAGGCCGCUCCCUCUCCAGUGACUUCCAUCCAGGCCAAGGAUAUCACAAGACACACCAUUUCCCUGGCCUGGCAGCCACCGGAAAAAGCCAACGGGGUCAUUCUGGAGUAUGAGGUCAAGUACUACGAGAAGGACCAGAAUGAAAGAAGCUACCGCAUCAUAAAAACCUCAUCAAGGAGCACCGACAUCAAGGGCCUCACCCCCCUCACCUCCUAUGUUUUCCAUGUGCGGGCUCGCACAGCGGCCGGCUACGGAGAAUUCAGCGGCCCGUUUGAGUUCAUGACCAACUCGGUCCCAGCUCCCAUUAUCGGCGACGGGGCCAACUCCACAGUGUUGCUGGUGUCAGUGGUGGGCAGCGUGGUUCUGCUCAUCAUCCUCAUCAGUGCUUUCGUCAUCAGCCGACGAAGGAGUAAAUACAGCAAAGCCAAGCAGGACUCUGAUGAAGAGAAGCACUUACAUCAAGGAGUGAGAAUAUAUGUUGACCCCUUUACCUAUGAGGACCCCAACCAGGCCGUCCGUGAGUUCGCCAAAGAGAUCGAUGCCUCCUGUAUCAAGAUUGAGAAAGUGAUUGGCAUUGGGGAAUUUGGAGAGGUCUGCAGUGGACGCCUGAAGAUGCCCGGCAAGAGGGAGAUCUGCGUGGCCAUAAAGACUCUGAAGGCUGGCUAUACAGACAAGCAGAGGAGGGACUUCCUGUCCGAGGCCAGCAUCAUGGGCCAGUUCGACCACCCCAACAUCAUUCACCUGGAGGGCGUGGUCACCAAAUGUAAACCGGUGAUGAUUAUCACAGAGUACAUGGAAAAUGGAUCCCUGGAUGCGUUCCUGAGGAAGAACGACGGUCGGUUCACUGUCAUCCAGCUGGUCGGCAUUCUGCGUGGCAUCGCUUCCGGCAUGAAGUACCUGUCAGACAUGAGCUACGUCCACCGUGACCUGGCCGCUCGCAACAUCCUGGUUAACAGCAACCUGGUGUGCAAGGUGUCCGACUUCGGCAUGUCCCGAGUCCUGGAGGACGACCCCGAGGCCGCAUACACUACCAGGGGAGGAAAGAUCCCCAUCCGCUGGACGGCCCCGGAGGCCAUCGCUUAUAGGAAGUUCACCUCGGCCAGUGACGUGUGGAGCUACGGCAUCGUCAUGUGGGAGGUGAUGUCAUACGGCGAGCGGCCAUACUGGGACAUGAGCAACCAAGAUGUGAUCAAGGCCAUUGAUGAGGGCUAUCGACUGCCCCCGCCCAUGGACUGCCCCGUGGCACUCCACCAACUCAUGCUAGACUGCUGGCAGAGAGAGAGGGCCGACCGGCCAAAGUUUGGGCAAAUAGUCAACAUGUUGGACAAACUGAUCCGCAACCCCAACACCCUGAAGAGGACCGGGGGAGAGACCACCGUCAGGCCCACUACCACCCUGCUUGAGCCAGGGAGUCCCGAGGUGUCCGCAGCUGUGGGCACAGUGGAGGACUGGCUGCAGGCCAUCGGCAUGGAGAGAUACUGCGAUAACUUCACGGCCGCCGGCUACACAACUCCAGAGGCCGUGGUCCACAUGACGCAAGAGGACAUGGCACGCAUAGGCAUCUCCUCCGCAGCGCACCAGAACAAGAUCCUGACCAGUGUCCAGGGAAUGCUAUCCCAAAUGCAACAGAUGCAAGGCAGAAUGGUUCCCGUCUGAGAAGAUUAAAACAAAGAAAAAAGGAAGCAAAACGACUUUGUUUCUUAUGAAAAAAAAAACAAAUAACAAAAAAAGAUUAAAUAUUAAAAAAAGAGACAAAUCAACUAUGAAGAAAUAGUUUACCUCAUCCAUGCACUUUAAAUUGGAUCUAAAAGAAAAGAAGACAUUGAUGAAGAAGAGAAAAAGUGUUGCAAAUGGCACCUUUUUUUCAAAAAUCAUACCUUUACCUUGCCCUUUUAGUUGUUUAUGGAGAAUGGGACACUUCUAUCUGCAGCAUUUAUGGAUAGAUGGUGGGGACGGCUGGAAAAGUGCUUCCGAGAGGCCAAUCUGGAGUGCCUUUAAUGGUCUGGAAUGAAAAGUGGAGGAGGGGGAUCGUACCUUUUCUUCCUCCUUUUGCAGAGAGUGUUAUUUCUGGAACUUUCUCUCUGGAAUAAUCCACAGAGCAUUUUUUUUUUUUGAUUUUCUGUGUUUAUUGUACAUGAAUUGUUUCUGUGGGACUCAGAGGCUGCCCCGGCCACCAUUGUUCUCUCUCUCAGCUGGAACUGUUUGAUAUCUUCCAGAAAAAAUGGACAAUCCUAGCCGUCAGAUAUAAACAGUGAAUCUCUGACAGGCUGGGGGUUGGAUUCUUCGGGGGGGGGGCGGGGGGAUCAAGAUGGCUGUGCAGGGAGGGCUUAUUUUAAGGAGCUAUUUGUGUUGCGUUUUUUUGUUUUUUGCUCUGUUCUGGCCUGUUUUUUUUCUCCCAGAUCGCUGUAUUAUGUUGCCCUCAGGACAUUUCUGAGAAUGUCUUUGAUCUUCCAGAGGAGCCUUUCCACUCCCCUGUCUUCCCAAAAAACAAAAACAAAAAAAACACAGUCAAAAAAAAAAAAAAAAAUCCCACCCUGCUACACCUUCGAUAAACACGCAGUUCGGAUUCUCCCAUCCAUCUCCCCAUGUGGAUCGAAGUCCCAUCCCCAUCACUACUGCAGGACCAACCAACUCUUCCACACCACUUUUGACGGACGCCCGUUUGGACCACAUGAGUUGGUUUUAUAAGCGGAAUGUGAGAUGAGAAAUUUGCCAAGACGUUAUCGGACACGGGGGGCAACAGGGAUGCAGAAAGAGUCAUCAGCGUCAGGAAAUAUUCAAAGAAAGAAAAAGAAAACGAUGGAGGAUCAAGCUGCUGCCGUCCAUCACAAACAGGAUCCCGUCCUCGCUCGCUCCCUCGCCGCAACUGGAUUUCUUCCCCGCUAUUCCUUCUUUGUCUUCCUCCUCCUGGCUACCCUUCCACUCCUCACCGACACAGAGAUGACAAAUGUAUACCCCCUCGAGCGUCUGAGACGUCCGCUGUCCCUCAAAACACGUCAACUUGACAAACUCGUCGCCGUCCAUCCGUCCGGCCCCGCGCUGGAAUUUCUCUGAAUGAAUUUAACAGCAUCAAAAAGAGAACAAAGGAAGAAUGUAAAAUAACGGAGGAGCCCCUCUCCAGCUGAUGAUGAUGAUGAUUAUUAUUUUUUUCCUGAAAGUUUGGUUUGAUUUUGUGUGUUGUUUUUUGCUUUUUUUAAUUAUUGUUUCAUUCUGUUUGCAUGUAAAGUAACAAGAGUUUUAUUUGAGCGAAUGCGAUGACGAGUGUGCACGUGGGUGUGUGCGUCUCUGUGAGUGGCAACGUCUUUGAAGUACUAUCAGUAAAUGUGUCUGUUUUCAUGCCACUGUGCAGGAGGAGGAGAUAACAGAGUUGUAUAGUUUUUGAUAUUAAAAAAAAAACACACAAAAAAGACUUUUUUCUUUCUUUUCUUUUUUUUUUUGCUUUUUUGUGUCGUCUAAAAAGAAAAAAAAAAAGGAAAAACAUUGUAAGGUGUGUCGGUCAUGUUGUGCAAACUUUACUCAGCAACAGCAUUUGUUAAAACAACUUUCAUGGAAUCCGACCCAUUCCUGCUCCGGCAGCGACGACGGCUUGUGAAUGGACACAUGGAGACUACAGAGCUGCACGUGACUAACGGUCUCCCCGUGCGUACAAUCGCAUCAAUCUGGACCUCAGACUACUGCGAGCCCGUGACAAGUCGAGGAGGAAACGUUGGCGCUGUCUUCUCCACGUGGAUGUGGGGUGGGAGGGGAGAACAGAUUCUAAAUGACACACCUUUAAAGAAGCAAGUGGCGUGAGGAAUAUGGUGUCUAAGGAGGGAGAACUGUUGAUGUUUUUUUUUGUUUUUUAAUUUUGUUGUUGCUUUUUUUUUUAUUUUUUAUUUUUAAUAUUCAGACCACAACAUACAGUUACAGGUUUAACGAUGAAUAUUUUGCUCAUUUAUCUCUUUAAACUAUACUUAUGUGAAUGUUUUGAACUCGUAAGUGAUGCUUCAUGUAAUAUGAAAGAAACACCUCCAUCCUUAAUACAGCUCUACUGUUUCCUUUUUUUUUCUUUUUUUUUUUUUAGCAGUGUGUUUUCGGAUGUUGGGGUUAUCUGUGGACAAAAGGACCUGUUUGGAAAUAUGCAAGACAUGCUGGGAAAGAGAAUGAAACUAGAAUGUACUGUAAAAUACUUUUUUCCUUUACUUAAAUGUCAGAUGAUUUAAAAAGAAAAAAAACAACAAAAAAAAAAUCAACAACAAAAAGCAAGAGUUAAUGUUUGUCAUUGUAUGCCUUCCGAUGCCAUAUGAUCUAGCCAUGUAGAUCUAACAUUCUCUCAAUCUUUUUUUGUACUUGUUUUUUUUGGGCCGGGGGGGGGCAUGGUCAUGAUUUUUUCAGUUUUUUUUCUUUUGCUUUGUUUUUGUUUUGGUCAAUGAACUCUAGGUACAUGUAACUUAUGUCAUUUAUUUAUGUCCUUUUAUAUCUAGUUUGUAAAAUAAUAGCCUAAAGUGAAGAAAAAUAAUGGGGUGCCAAAGUGCAUUCUUAUUAAAGUAGAAAGUACAUGAUGA